UACGGGCGAUUUGUUUACCCCCAUGGCUAAGUGUUUCCAGAUAGCACCCAAUGCAAUAGCCUUGGUGCUGUCGCGCGUCCGUGGGGAUCGAGAGGACACAACAUCCAACAAGCCUUCAGAAAAGUUAAAGCGUCUCACAGGCUAUGAGAUAUUUGCAGAUUUCAAAGCUGCAAACAUGCAGCACUUCUGGAAUAAGGGCAUGAUGCAUGCUUUGUCUGAGAUAUUCUGCCUGGGCUGGAUAGACCAGCAUGUGCUUCUCGUCCAAGGGAAGGAAGAGCACCUUGACGUCCUCAGGAACGGAUGGGCACGACGGGUCCUCAGCCCACCUGCAGGGUUCCUCAUCAAGUGUAUAGGUGAUGUGUCUCCAAUCAACAUGUCACCAGUCAGCCAGUCGCAGUUCAUCCCGCUGGGGGAGAUCUUGUGUCUGGCCGUCUCCUCCAUGAACUCAGCCCACAAGCCUGUCACCCGCGAGGCCUUGGAGGAACAUCUCACCUCCAGCUUCCCAGGUGUUCCCACCCCCAGCUCUGAGGUGGUGCGACACACGCUCAACAUGCUGGUGAGAGAGAGGAAGAUCUACCCCACGCCGGAGGGCUACUUCGUGGUCACUCCCCAGACCUACUACAUCACCCCCUCUCUCAUCAGGACCAACAACAAGUGGUACCACCUGGACGACCGGCUCACCGACCGCACGCCCCCGCAGUCCCUCCCCCCCCAGCCCCAGCUGCAGUGCACCCCUCCCCCGUCCGGCAACGCCACGCCUUCCGCCCUGCGGGAGCGGCCCGUCCGCAAGAACCACGGCGACGCCUACAACGCCCCCGGCGACGACGCGUCCAGGGGCCACCCGUCGGCCCCCGGCGCGGCGGCCCCCCCGGGCAAGACCCUGAAGGAGCACCGCGCCGACCUCUACGCCGCCAAGCCUCCCAAGGACCGCAGCGCCGGGGCCGGGGACGCCGCGCCCAGCCCGCUCUCCAAGGAGCACGGCGGGGAGCCCCCCUCGUACCCCCACCCCCACCCUCCGCCGCCGCCGCCGCCCGCCCAGCCCACGGCGCCCACGGAGGCGGCGGAGAAGGGCAAGGGCGCGCCGUCGUCGUUCCCCUUCAAGACGGACACGCUGAGCAAGAAGAAGGAGGGCAGCGGCGGCAGCAGCGCCGGCGUGGAGAAGCAGUCCAAGCGCUUCGGCCUGCGGCUCUUCCGCCUGAGCUUCAAGAAGGACAAGAUGAGGCAGCUGGCCACCUUCUCGGCCCAGUUCCCGCCGGAGGAGUGGCCCCUGCGCGACGAGGACGUGCCGGCCGCGCCCAUCCCCCGGGACGUGGAGAUGGAGAUCAUCCGCCGCAUCAACCCGGACCUGACGGUGGAGAACGUGGCGCGCCACACGGCCGUGAUGAAGCGGCUGGAGGAGGAGCGGGCGCACAAGAACAAGAGCGCGCUGCACCACAACGCGCGCAGCCGCAGGGGGCGGGGCCACCGGAGGCUGCCGCACGGGAAGUCGCGCUCGCACAGCAAACCGCGGACGUGCCGGGGGGACCCGUCGGACGCCUCCAACUGGGACCUGGUGUUCAUGGAGCGGGACUACCGCUUCUUCAGCCACUCCCUGGUGCGCUCGCCGCGGGAGGCCAUGUACACGCUGGAGCGCACGCGCGGCGGCGGCGCCACGUACCUGGUGCACAGCAACCCCAACAUCACCGAGUCGUACUGCCCUGUCGCGCCCGAGUGGGACGUGUCCGGGGAGCUGGCCAAGAGGAGGACGGAGAUGCCUUUCCCCGAGCCCUCGCGCGGCACCACCAAGGAGUCCAAGGUGCAGCGGAGCCACAGUCACAAUCAGGACAGGAAGUCGCGCCACGAGCGCUCGGACCAGGCCAAGGAGCGCUCCCGCUCCAUGGACAACUCGCUGAAGGGCCCGUCGCUGGGCGCGCCCGAGAACUACGAGCACGGCCCGGAGGAGCGCAGUCACUACUUCACCGACGACGGGACGCUGCGGGCUACCCAGAAGUCCUCCCACUUCUCAAGGAUCAUGUUCUCUGCUGCUAAGUUCCACUCUGAUUUCAAUGUGCCUGAUUUGGGGAAAGGGAGCUUGGACGAGUCGAGGAGCCACCGGAACACGGCGGAGAGGAACAAAAGCAGAGACAGCCUGCCCACCUACAACGAGCUCAUGGGCCUUUCUCCCAAGCCCUCGACGGAGGACUACUUCCAGUGCAAUACGUCCAACGAAACAAUCCUUACUGCCCCGUCGCCUCAGGCAAAAUCAGAAUAUGACACGCUAACCUCAUCAGGGGGACUCCACAAGGGCUCUCCGGCCGACCGCCAGACGCCUCACCUUACCUCUCCACACGCCAUGGAGUACAAAGAGGAGCUGGCGGCGGCGGCCAAGGGCCCGGGCGGCGGCCCCGUGCGUCUGACCCCCAGCCAGACGCCGGAGCUGCUGCAGAGCGCCCGCCUCACGCCACACCAACACAACGUGGACCCCGGCGGGGGCGGGGGCGGCGGGGGGGGCGCGGCCGGCGGCGCCGCUUCCCUCAAGAGGAAGGAGAUCUUCAGCAAGGACACCCUGUUCAAGCCCCCGCACAACAGCGCCUUGCCGGCGGGCUACGCCGACGGCGGCGGCUACUCCAAGUCCGGCACCUUGCGGAAGGCCUCGCACGCCAAAUCAACAGAGGCCCUCGACAAUCCUGAGCCCCAGCAGCCUUCAAAUUCAGCCACUUCCUCCGCCUCGCCGGCAGCCCUGCAGGUCUGCGUGGAGCCCAGCGGCGGCUGCGGCGGCGGUGGCGGCGGCGGCGGCGGCGCCUCCGCCUCCUUCGACUACUACAACGUCUCGGACGACGAGGACGAGGACGACGAAGAGGCGGACGAAGACUCGCACAAGGAGUCGCUGACGGCCGAGGACGGCCCGGACCACGGGGAUUGCGGUGGCGUGGGCGGGGGCGGCGGCGGCGGGGGGGGUUGCGGGGGUGGUGUCGGGGGGGUCGGGGAGGGGACCAUGCAGUGGCUGCUGGAGCGGGAGAAGGAGCACGAGCUGCAGCGUAAGCUGGAGACCAACCUGACCCUGCUGAGCCCCAAGGAGACGGAGGGCGGCGGCGGGCAGAAGUCGGCGCACUCGGCCCGCCUGGACAGCAUGGACAGCAGCAGUGUGACGGUGGACAGCGGCUUCAAUUCGCCCAGGACGCGGGAGAGCCUAGCCUCCAACACCUCCAGCAUCGUGGAGAGCAAUAGGAGACAGAACCCCGCGCUGAGCCCCGGCCACAUGGGCACCCCGGGCCACAUCGGCCUGCCCUUCAGCUUCCGGGCCAUCCCAGAACCGCCCAGCGCCCAGCCCGAGAAGCUCCAGAAACCCUCCAACUGUCUGGCCUCCAUCACCAGUGUGUGACCAACGCAGCUCGGGAGGGCGAGGGACAAUGGGUAGAGGUGGUGGAGGAGGAGAGAGAGAGAGAGGCAAGGGGAGUUGAAGGAACUUUCCCUUGUUUAUUGACACAUUCACACACACACACACACACAUACAGAUACACACACAAACAUACACACGCAUCUCUCUUGAAUCAAGACUCCCGUGAAUCAAUUUACUAUGACUGUUACGAAGACAGGCAUGGCAUCGAGUGACUGUUCCCACAGCUUCAUGAACUUAACUGCAAAAUAAUAAAGAGAAGAAGAAGAAAUAUAACAGAACAUCAUGACAUUUUGUACCCGCAUUGCAAGACAACUGUAGGUGAGGAACACCCUACACUAAGUACUAUGAAUUUGGUGACAUGGAUUUUAAGUUCGGCUUAUAUUGAAGUUCCUAAUUAUUGGUAUUGGAAAGUAGUAGAUUAUAGGAUUCAAGUUACAUUUGGAAACAUCAAAACUUUUUAUAUUACUUAACAAUACAUGUCCAAUUAAAUGUUUUCCUUCAUGAAACAGAAUCACAUUUUCAGGAUGGUUUUAAUGUAUCAGCACAAUGUGAAAACAAUAAAGAAUACUCCUGAAAACAAAGAAUGGAAGAGAUUAAAAACAUAAAUCACAACAGAUUUGUGUACCGCAAUGCAAAUGAUGUAUGUAUACUCAAUACUUUUUGAUAUUCUAAUUAUUAUAAUGGUGGUAUUAAAGAUGCUAUGUGACCAAAAUUAUGUUUUGGACAGAAUGGGUCAUACUUUACCACACCUCAUACAUUACAAUUUUAUGAAUUACAUAAUACAUUAUUUAUGAAUUAUGAAGUUUUAUGAACUUUCUGAAAAUUAAUCAGACUUUUUGUUUCGUAAAUCUUAAAGUGUCGGUUCCCCAGAAAGGAUUCCACUUACUUCAUACUUCCCGACGUCGUGAUUUGCACAAACAUUGUACGUUUCCACCACAUAUCUGCUAUUUUGUUUAUACAAUUGGGCAAUUGGCAUUUGGCUUGAACACUUAAAAACUCACUUGUUUUUGUCCCCCUCCAACCAUGUCAUUAAGCAUCAUUUUGACAGCAUCCUAAGGCAGUGUUGAAUUGUGUCUAUAAUAAUGUCCGGCUUUUUUGUAUUAGGAUGGACUGACGGUUAAGUUUAAUUUAGAAUGCAUGGGGCAGGUCUGAUCAUAUUUUGAUUCGAUCCAUCUCUAUGUUCAUUGCUAGGUUUAGAACAAAUCUGGAAAAAGGAAAUUGUGUGCGGCUCCAUUUCUGUGUGUUUGGAGCCGACAUGUGGGCUCUGGGAGUACUGCAGGCUAAAUGCUCUGGUCUAGUCAUUUCAAAAAGAAAAUAAGUAGUGGAUGUUUUGCUCUGUUAUUGAUUGCUCUAGUAGUCUAUGGUUAGCGUUAAAUCAAUGUGUUGACACAGCUAAUACUAUUGGAUAUUGCGGGUUUUGGGUUAGGGUUAGUCACUUUCUAAGUAAAAGUUACUAUGCUGAUGAACAUAGUUAGUACUUGGACAUUCACAAAAAAAUGCACUCUCAUGAUACAAAAUAACUGAGAAAUAUGCAAAUUUCACAUAGUCUUAGUUUUUAUGUACUCUUUGACCUGUGUGUAUUUUAAUUGACUGAUUCAGAGGUCAUUUCAACACAGUGGAGUGAUGAGACUACAGUAGACUACAGUGGGACAUGGGUCACCUGGAGCUUGGCACAUACAGAAAUGAGUCAAUCCAAUUAGAAACAAUCAACGUUCAUACACACUCUGACACUCACGUUUCCCCGUUAGCCCCAGCGACUCACACUUACACAAGAUGCAUACAUGCUGUAUAAAUGUUGCAGUUAAUACCGAAAGCUGGAUGCACCGGGACUAAUGUACAGCACUCACACUCGUAGAACAGUGAACAGGGAAAUGCUGCUCUACCAGCAUAAUAGAGGAAAAAUAAUACAUCUU